ACUCCGUAAAUGAAUGGGUCUGUGAUGUGAUUAUCAAUUAUCAUCGGCGCCUCCAUAGUUCUCUGUGCUGUGCACGAUCUCGAUUCAAACCUCACAAAUUCAAUCGUCUCUGCAAAAGAUGACCAGCGAAACCCAGGAAUCGAAAUCCUUCUUCAGAAGGCAUUGGGAGGAAUACAAGGAAUUCUGGGGUGAAAGAUUCUCCGUUGUCGAUACCUACAAGAGAUUACUUUACCCCGAUAAGCCUGUGCCCCACUGGGACAGCUCCGAUGUCGAACGAUUUAUUGCAUCUGAUCCCGUCCAUGGACCUGCGCUGAAGAGAGCAAGGGAAUCUGCUAAAUUUGGAGUUGUGGGUGCUGCUGUUGGAGCUGUUUCUACGGCAGGAUGGUCUUAUAGGUGGUCCCGAAGUCUUCACGGAUCUGCAAUGUCUUUUGCCUUUGGGGCUGUCGUUGGUGGAACAUUUGGACUUGAAAUCGCGAAUCACUGGUACCAGCUGUACAGACUGGAUACAAUGGCUGCUCAAGUUAAAUUCUUCGAGUGGCUGCAGGACAGAGCUUGAUGGUUGAACUUGAUCGCGUGAAAAGUGCUUGAGGUCAGUCGUAAAUCUGGCUACAAUGAAAGAAUAAUAGAUAUGCAUCAUCAAGAAUAAUGCGCUAAUAAACAAACAAACACUAUUGAUUAUGAAAUUUCGAUCCCGACUGUCUAGGUGACUUGCCUUUCUUAUUUUUCUUUCUGGUUGUUUUUGUUGGCAAUGAGGCUUUGUCUGUUUUAUCCCUAGCAAUAGUUAAUGAUGAAAGAUUUGCAAAUGAUUUCUUGAUAGUUUUGUGAGGUUAUUUUUUCUGACU